AUGUCUCUUGGGCAUUUUGGAGACAAAGCUCGCAGCUCAUCAAUCCAGAAGAUUCUCAGCCGCUCACUUCCGGGGUGGUGCCAAGCCAACAACUUUGACACCAUCGCCGGAGGACGUAUCCUUGUGGUUUGGGACCCGGCAGUCAUUGACAUACAUCCAGUGGAUAUUUCGCCCCAAGUGAUUCACUGCCAUGCCACGAAUAAGUCCUCUCAACUCUCCUUCUAUAUUUCAUUUACAUAUGGUCUUUAUUCUGUUGUUAAUAGAAGGAGUAUGUGGGAGAAACUUUCUGAUUUUGGCCAAUCACGGAGCAUGCCAUGGCUUAUUAUGGGUGAUUUCAACUGUGUCAAAUCUCCCGACGAGAAGCAACUUGGAGUGGCCCCAACUUGGUAUGAGCUCAAGGAUUUUGUGGACUGUUGUACAACGCUUGGAUUACACGACGUUCCUACUACGGGGUGCUACUACACAUGGUAUUCCAACAAUGAAAGCAACCCCGUAUGGUGCAAGCUCGAUCGGGUCCUCUACGACAAUGGAUGGCUAGAGGCUGGUUUGCAUUGCAAUGCCCAUUUCAAUCCACCGGGAUGCCUCUCCGACCACUCUCCGGGUAUUGUCUCUAUUUUUGAUCCUGCACCAACUAAGCCAAAACCGUUUCGCUUUUUCAAUAUGUGGGCAGAUCAUCCGGAUUUCUUAGCUACUGUCGAAGCUAGAUGGAAUAUGUGCGUGGAUGGAACGCCGCAAUUCAGCCUUUGUAGGAGACUUAAAGCACUUAAAGGCGCGCUUAAGGCAUUCAACACGCAGCAUUACAGUCACAUUUCCGCCAGGGCCAAAGAGGCUGAUCAUACCCUGCAAGUUGCCCAGAAUCAACUUGAAUCCAACCCGGGAGAUGUGGCGCUUCGGAACUCUUUGGGUGAUCUUAGGAAGAGGGCCGUCUUCCUUGCCGAGGCCGAACGACACUUCUUCUACCAGAAGGCCAAGAUCCACUAUCUAAAAGAGGGGGACCGCAACACCAAGUUCUUCCAUGACAUGGUGAAGAGGAAUGUCGUUAGGAAUUCCAUCGGGGCAAUCACUAGGGCGGAUGAGACUAUUAUCACGGCUGCCGAGGAUAUUGCCCAAGAAUUCGUUGAUUACUACACAUCACUCUUGGGCACCGAGGCUCACACCUUCCCUGUCGAUGAUGGUGUGUUUGAAUGGGGGCCCAUACUAUCCCCCUAG